CCCUUUUUGUUUGAGUUUGCUUCUUAAGUGGAUAAUAGAAUAUUAAGUGCGAUAAACAAAUAUUUUGUUCUUUGUACGUUAAACAUUUUCCGGAAAAUGUUUAAAGGCCACCUUGCAACAAUCUACAAUUGCCUGCCUCACUUCAAGUCAUUACAUCUAUCAUCCUCCUGCAGAAAUGGGGCAGGAAACUGGGCGCGGGUGCUUCCAGCUUCCCAUCCAGCUAUCAAGGAUGUCCACCAGAGAGAGAUCCACGAAGUUGCUGGAGAAAUUGUCCCCAUCAACAUGGUCAAGGGAAUUGGGCAUCUUCGGGAUCCUCGACUCAACAAGGGUUUAGCCUUCACCCUGAAGGAAAGGAUAUCUCUUGGGAUCCAUGGUCUUCAGCCCCCUAGAUUUAAAACGCAGGAUGAACAGCUAGCUCUCUGCAAAGCGUCUGUGAUGAAGUACACGGAAGAUCUGAACCGGUACCUCUAUUUGGUAGAAUUGCAGGAGAGGAACGAGAGAUUAUUUUUCCGUCUCUUGAGCGAGAAUAUCGAGCAGAUGAUGCCCAUCGUCUACACGCCAACCGUAGGACUCGCGUGCCAGAAGUUUGGUGUUAUUUAUCGCAGACCACGUGGACUCUUCAUCACCAUCUACGACAAAGGCCACGUUUUUGAGAUCCUGAACAACUGGCCUGAACAGUCCGUGAGAGCUAUUUGUGUCACCGAUGGAGAACGGAUUCUGGGAUUGGGUGACCUUGGAGCUUGCGGCAUGGGAAUUCCCGUAGGAAAAUUGGCACUCUAUACGGCAUUAGCCGGAAUAAAACCUCAUCAGUGUUUGCCAAUCACGCUCGAUGUAGGAACAAAUAACGAACAAUUGAGAAACGAUCCUCAUUAUAUUGGGUUGAACAAGCCCAGAAGUCAAGGUGCUGAGUAUGACGAAUUACUUGAUGAGUUUAUGGCUGCCUGUGUCCGAAAAUACGGACAGAAUGUCCUCAUUCAGUUUGAGGAUUUCGGAAACCACAAUGCCUUCCGUUUUCUGGACAAGUAUAGGGACACCUAUUGCACAUUCAAUGACGAUAUUCAAGGAACUGCUGCAGUUGCAGUUGCUGGAAUUCUCGCCUCGAAAAGGAUUACCAAGAGGAAAAUGUCCGAUAAUAAAUUUGUCUUUCUCGGUGCUGGCGAGGCCGCGAUUGGAAUAGCCGAUCUCUGCGUGAAGGCUUUGGAAGCAGACGGCCUCACGGAAGCGGAAGCUCGUAAUAAAAUUUGGAUGAUGGACAUCGAUGGCCUCCUGACAACGACCCGGAAAGAAGGUACCCUGGAAGGUCACAAAGUUUGGUACGCGAAGGAUCACAAACCAAUAAAAACCCUAUACGAGGUCGUGAAGCAAGUCAAGCCAACUGUCUUGAUUGGAGCGUCAGCGGCCGCAGGAGCUUUUACACCUGAAGUUCUCCAGGAAAUGGCGAAACUGAAUGAAAGGCCCUUGAUAUUCGCCUUGAGCAAUCCGACCAGCAAAGCUGAAUGCACUGCCCAACAGGCGUAUGAUUACACUGAAGGUAGAUGCAUUUUCUCCUCGGGUUCUCCAUUUGGCGAGGUGAACUACAAGGGAAAGAUUUACAAACCGGGCCAGGGAAACAAUGCUUAUAUUUUCCCUGGAGUUGCUCUGGGAGUUCUUGCGACAGGGGUGCAUCAUAUCAAGGAAGAUAUUUUCCUUAUUUCUGCUCAAGUUGUCGCCGAUCACGUCACGGAUGAAGAUCUCGAACAUGGCAGUCUUUACCCGCCUCUAGGAACAAUUCGGGAAUGUUCCAUUGAUAUUGCAGUGAAGAUUGCAGAGUAUGCAUACGCGCAAAAUGGUUUGGCUAGUGAGUACCCCGAACCAAAAGACAAAAGACAAUUUAUCGUAAGUAAAAUGUACAACGCAAACUAUGACAGUCCCCUGCCGAAAUUCUACGAGUGGCCUGGGGACGCUGCCCUGCCUCGUACUCUUCCAGAAAAAUUAUGAUGUGUUGGCGAGUCUAAAGAAAGCAAGAUGCGCUAAUAACACUCGCUUUUUAGAUCAAUUUAUUUGAAGUGAAAAGGCAAGACUUCUGAUUGCCCGACCGUAUAAUAAGUGAUUAUUUAGCUGCUAUUAAGUGUCAUAGAAACUAUCACCAUCAUUUUACUGAUAAUGUACUUAUUAUUUAUUGCAAUUUAAAAGCAACGUUCGAACCACACUAACAUGAAAAUUCGUAUCAUCAGGGUGGCCACUGAACCCGGAAAUCCGGGAAUUUAAAAAAAUUUUGGAAGACAAAUCUAUCCAAUCACAUGAUAUAACGCACUUUUUUAAUGUUAAUUCCAAUUGUUAACUUUUUUUACUUUAAAAAUGUUAUAUUGUGGUGCUUCAUUGUCAAGCGUACAUUUUUAAUUUAAAAAAUUUUAACGAAUUUUAACAUUUUUAAAUUUGGGAUUUUUAAAAAUUGUAAAUAAUUUGCCAAAUUAUUUUCCCAUGGCGAACCGUUCACGAAAAAAUAUGAAAAAUAGUCGUAACUGACUCUGAAUACAAAAUAUAUUUUGAUAAAUCUUUUUCGAGAUGAAGUAUCUUAUUUGUAUUUUAUUGUUAUCUUAUUUAUU